UUAUGGCACGCCCCUGCCGCCGUAAAGCGCCGCCGGCGGUCGCGCGUGAAUGGGUCGACAGGUCUACUUCCAGGCGUGAAGCUAGUGGAGGUGGGCGGACUUGCGGUGCUCGCCAUGGGCAAACGUGGGAACCGGAGCCAGAGCCAGCUGCUCGGCUCCCUGACUAAAAAGCAGAAGAAGCAUCUUCGGGAUUUCGGCGAGGAGCACCCCUUCUAUGACAGGGUUUCCAGAAAGGAAGCAAAACCACAGACUUGUCAACUGUCAGAGAGUUCAGAUACUUCAAGUUCUGAAAGUGAAGCAGAGAGUGAACCAGAACAAGUGUCUGGUUACCAUCGAUUACUUGCCACAUUAAAGAAUGUUUCCAAGGAAGAGGAGGAGGAGGAAGAGGAAGAAGAAGAAGAAGACAGUGUUAUGGAUGAGACAGAAAUGAAUCCUGAAGAUGGCGACAGUGAUGUCAGCGAGGAGGAAGAGAUGGCAGCAGAGUCUACUGACAUGCAGAGCAGUGUGGCCUCACCUGCUGAUCCUGAGGGAAAAGACGGGCACGGGCCACCUGGCACAUCAGAGGAGUCCCCCGAGGAGUUUACAGAUGCAAAACAUGAGUCACUCUUCAGCCUAGAAACCAAUUUUCUUGAAGAGGAAAGUGGCGGUGACCCUUCUCCGAAAGCAUCACAAGAUCCAUUUGUACAACAUGUGAACACAAAACUGAAAGAAAAAGAAAUCCAGGCUGUUGCCACAAACCCCAAAACUACCCACCAGCUAAAAUGGCCCAUCCUGGGCCAGGUUGUCUUUUCAUCCAAGUUUCAGAAGUUGGAAACCUUUAAACCCCCAAAGGACAUUGACUUAAAGUCAGUUCAUCUUCAAAAGCCCCUGGAAUCCACCUGGAUCAAGACCAACAGCCAAUUCCUCUCUGGUCCCCAAAAAUCAAGUAGCCCCUUCACACCCCUCCAGAAAGAGCUCUUCUUAAUUAUGAAUUCUUACCGGGACCUGUUCUACCCAGAAAGGACGGCCCUGAAGAAUGGGGAAGAGAUCCGACACGUGUACUGCCUGCAUGUAAUAAAUCACGUCCUCAAAGCCAAUGCCCAGGUGCUUAGCAACAACAGCAGACGCCGAAGCCAGAAACUUGGGGUGGGUGAUGAUGACGACUUCAGGGACCAAGGGCUGACAAGGCCCAAGGUGCUGAUCGUGGUGCCGUUUCGGGAAGCUGCUUUGCGGGUGGUGCAGCUCUUCAUCAGCCUCCUGGAGGGCGACAGCAAGAAGAAAAUCAUUGUCAGCAACAAAAAGAGGUUUAAUGGAGAGUACGGUUCCGAUCCCGAGGAGAGACCACCCAACCUGAAGAGGCCUGAGGACUAUGAAGCUGUGUUUGUCGGAAACAUUGAUGACCACUUCAGGAUUGGGGUGGCGAUUCUGCAGAGGAGCAUCCGACUUUACGCCCCCUUCUACUCCUCGGACAUCCUCAUCGCCUCCCCUCUGGGCUUGAGGACCAUCAUUGGUGGAGAAGGAGAGAAGAAGAGAGAUUUUGACUUUCUGUCUUCUAUCGAACUGCUCAUCAUUGAUCAAGCUGACAUUUACUUGAUGCAGAACUGGGAGCAUGUCCUGCAUUUGAUGAACCACAUGAACCUACUGCCCUUGGAUUCACAUGGGGUGGACUUUUCUCGAGUGCGGAUGUGGAGCCUCAACAAUUGGUCCAAGUACUAUCGCCAGACCCUGCUGUUCGGGGCCCUGCAGGAUGCCCAGAUCAACUCCGUGUUCAACAAGUACUGCGUCAAUGUGCAAGGCCAGGCGGCCGUGAGGAACGUCCCGAUGACAGGCUCCAUCAGUCAGGUCCUGGUGCAGCUCCCGCAUGUCUUCCAGAGAAUGGAAGUGGAAAGCCUUGCUUCCGUGAUUGAUGCCAGGUUCAACUUUUUCGUGAACAAGAUUUUGCCUCAGUAUCGGGAUGCAGUCAUGUCCCACACGCUUAUCUAUGUCCCCUCCUACUUUGACUUUGUGCGUCUCCGAAAUUACUUCAAGAAGGAGGAACUGAACUUCACUCAUAUCUGCGAGUACACCCAGAAGUCUGGGGUCUCCAGGGCCAGACACUUCUUCCUUCAAGGGGAGAAGCAGUUCCUGCUGCUCACCGAGCGCUUCCAUUUCUACAAAAGAUACACAAUAAAAGGCAUCAGGAACCUGAUUUUCUAUGAACUGCCAACAUACCCGCACUUCUACAGUGAAGUCUGUAACAUGCUGCGAGCCACCAGCAGGGGUGAGGAAGCCGCCUGGACCUGCACCGUCCUCUACUCCAAGUACGACGCCCAGCGCUUGGCCGCUGUGGUCGGGGUGGAGCGGGCGGCCCAGAUGCUGCAGUCCAAGAAGAACGUCCAUCUCUUCAUUACCGGAGAAAGAUGAGAACUGGCCGGACAGGAAACAGUGUUGGUGUGACACGUGAUGCUUGAUGCUCUGCACUGCUUGGACCCGACUCUGAUCGCUUCUACAGAGAAGGGCUGCUAGCAGGAAGGGGCACCAGGCAGCGUCUUCUCAGACACUUCUUCCUUUUCAGGUCAUGUAUCCCUGAAAAGUUCGGCGUAGACCAGAUUUUGGUACAGCCUAUCUUUGAGAGGACAGGAGGAGCUCGUGGGGGCUCUGAGAAGUCGAUAGAAGGAAUCCUCAACUUGUGAAUCUUUUUGUAAACUGUAAAUUGUUUUAUUGUGAUUAUACCUCAGAUUUAUCCUGCUUAGUAAAGUCUGUCAGAUUUGCCUGUUUCUGUUUGACACCUUCUUACACUGAGGCAUACAUUUCUAUGCUUGUGAGAACUGGUGGUGAGAAACUGGAAUCCUUCUUGCUGUUGAAUGUCAUCUUUUGGAUCGCACAGGUUUUGCAAAACUGUUAUUUUUCCCCAGCCAAACUUUUUUAAACCUUACAUAUUCUAUUUUAAUUCAACCUAGAAGAGUAUAUUCAUCCACUGAUCUUUCUUUAACUCAUAAGUGCUUUUGUUAAAAUAUAUACCUAAAAAUCACAUUAUAUAAAAUAACAAUUUCUCCUCUA